AUGUCGGACAGAGUAGCUCCGAAUCUUAUACCUCCUCGUACAAGCUCAACAGGUGUCACAGCUGGAACGUCCAUUCCCACCGUUAAGCCAGUGCCGGAAGAGCAGUGGCUAGCCUCAUCUUCCAAGAAGCCUUGUGCGGGACCAUCUGGAUAUCGAACUGAGAAACUGCCUUCUGUGCCGUGGGAGAAGUCUACCGAAGCCAUGUGGACGGACGAGAAAGAGAACCUGGUGCUGGGACCGUACAAUUACAUGGUCAACCAGCCUGGUAAGGAUAUUCGAGGACAGUUGAUCGCCGCGUAUAAUCGAUGGCUUCAGGUCCCGGAAGAAAGCCUUGCUAUCGUUACGAAGGUCGUGGUGAUGCUUCAUACUGCGUCGUUGCUGGUCGAUGAUGUUGAGGACUCGUCGCAUCUUCGCAGAGGAGUUCCGGUGGCGCAUAGUAUCUUUGGCGUCCCGCAGACGAUCAACUCUGCGAAUUAUGCAUAUUUCCUGGCUCUGGAAGAGAUUCAGAAACUAAACAACCCCGACGCUAUUAAUAUCUUCAUCAAAGAACUCAUGAACUUGCACCGAGGCCAGGGUAUGGACUUGUACUGGAGAGAUACCCUGGCCUGUCCUACUGAAGAAGACUACCUGGAAAUGGUCGGUAACAAGACUGGCGGUCUAUUUAGGCUGGCGAUCAAGCUUAUGCAGGCUGAAAGCAGUGUCCCCAUCGACUGUGUCCCGCUUGUCGACAUAAUGGGCUUGAUGUUCCAAGUCUGCGAUGACUAUCUCAACCUCUCCAACCCAACUUAUAGCAAAAACAAGGGCCUAUGCGAAGACUUGACGGAAGGGAAAUUCUCCUUCCCGGUUAUCCACAGCAUUCGAGCUCAGCCUGAUAACCGCCAGCUUAUCAACAUACUGAAACAAAAGACUAACGACAACGAGGUCAAGCAAUAUGCCGUAAAGUACAUGGAGAGCACCGGCAGUUUUGCAUACACCAGGAAAGUAGCUGUCGAACUACGGGACAAAGCCUUUACCCAGAUCGACGAGCUCGAACGCACCUUUGCCCAAAUCCCUAGAGAGGGGGGUGCAGAAGGAGAGAUGGGAAGCGGCAGUUUGGUGCGCACGAUUCUAAAUCGUAUCAUCGACCCUGUUUUGACGGACUAUGGAGACAGCUGA